UCUCCACCUCCUGCCCGGCCCCUCUCCAACUUCUCUCCCCACCCGCCUACAGGCCUCGCCAUUCUCCUGCCGAAGACCACGCAGAUUUCCAGGCAGGGUGCUCUUUCACCCACUGCUCAUCAGCCUGGCUUUGAACUGCAGGCACAUCACCAUCGAGCAUGGCCAGUGUGGACCAGCAUGAGGGCACCAUCCAGGUGCAAGGCCAGGGCCUCUUCUUCAGAGAGGCUCGGCCUGGCAGUGGACAGGCUGCUCGCUUCUCUGUGCUGCUGUUGCAUGGUAUCCGCUUCUCCUCUGAGACCUGGCAGAACCUGGGUACUCUGCGUAGGCUGGCUGAGGCUGGCUACAGGGCUGUGGCCAUUGACCUACCAGGUCUUGGCCAUUCCAAAGAAGCAGCAGCCCCUGCCCCUAUCGGGGAAUUGGCCCCUGGCAGCUUCCUAGCAUCCGUGGUGGAUGCCUUGGAGCUGGGACCCCCAGUUGUGAUCAGUCCAUCCUUAAGUGGAAUGUAUGCACUGCCCUUCCUUGUGGCCCCUGGGUCCCAGCUCCGGGGUUAUGUCCCAGUGGCUCCCAUCUGCACAGACAAAAUCAGCGCUGCUGACUAUGCCAGUGUUAAGACUCCAGCUCUGAUUGUAUAUGGAGACCAGGACCCCAUGGGUUCCUCCAGCUUUCAACACCUGAAGCAGCUGCCCAACCACAGAGUGCUGGUCAUGGAGGGGGCGGGGCAUCCCUGUUACCUGGACAAGCCUGAGGAGUGGCACACAGGGCUGCUGGAUUUCCUGCAGGGACUAGCAUGAGACUCAGUCCUGCUGAUAGGGGUGACAGCCUGCCCGUUCUGGGAUCUCUCGCUGGCUUCUCCCGGUCUCACCUGCCACAGGUCUGUCUAUUCUGUCUGUACAUCUGUCUGGGCCCCUGUCACUUCUGCUUUUCUCUUGCAGCUGCAGAUCGGAUCAAGGAGGUAAAUCAAGGGGGAAAAGCCUCGGAUUUAGGGGAGAAACCUAAUUGUGGGUAAUCCAUGAGCUUCUCCUUGCUUGGCUCUCACCGCUUAGCUUACGUUCCGCCACCUCCUUCUUCAGCUGCAGGCCAGACAUUCCCUUAACUUCCCUACCCCUCUUAGGCCAUAGAUAACAGACAUGUAUGAACUUGUUUAGAUUCAUCCCACACCCAAACAGAACCCUUCCCUUGGGAGCACAUGGAUCCCCAUGAUUGGACUGAUACCCACAUUCCUUUUUUUUUGGGGGGGGGAGUUUUUCCAGACAGGGUUUCAUUGUGUAGCCUUAGUCCAGGAACUAGUUCUUGUAGACCAGGCUGGCCUUCAACUCACAGAGACUCGCCUGCCUCUGCCUCCCAAGUGCUGGGAUUAAAGGUGUGCGCCACCACCAUUGUCUUGAGCAGCCUUGCACAGGUACAUGUGCAAUCCCUGUGAAGGAAGGUGGGGGAACCUCUUUCUGAGCCAGUCUUUGUAAAAGAUCCGCUUGCCAGAUUAAAGAUGGAGCCAGCCCUAGAUUUCUCUCACCUACACGUUGCAACUGGUCCCAGGCCAGAAUUGCUUCCUUCCUCAGAAGGGGAGGUGCACCCCUCUGCCUUUCAAAUAUACCCGUUUUACUUUCCCCCUUCCUUUUUGGGGGCUGUACAGCUCCCCAGGUCAUCAAGCCUGACUCUUCUUAGCCAAGCCUGUUUCCUGCUGUGAGGUUUGGGGGUGGGGUGGGGAGACCGACUGUGUAGGUCCCUGAAAUAAAGUGAUGCUAUUAGACCUCA